GUCUCGUCGGACCGAAGAAAAAGAUCAUAAAAACAUGGCGGAAUCAUGUUCGUCCGCACAGCCGCCGCUGCGAAUCGGCACGCGGAGGUCAAACCUGGCCGUGGUCCAGGCCGAGAGCAUCCGCGACAGCCUGCAGAAAAUUGCACCGGGCCGGAGCUUCGAGAUAGAGGCGCUGCGCACCCUCGGCGACAAGGACCAGUCGACCGCCCUGUACAACUUCGGGGCAAAGAGCCUGUGGACGACCGAGCUGGAGGAGAAGCUCACGUCCGGGCAGCUUGACGUGAUUGUGCACUGCCUCAAAGACAUGCCCACCACCCUGCCGGAGACGUGCGAGCUGGCCGCUAUCCCGGCGCGGGACGACCCCCGCGACGCCCUCAUCGUCAAGGCGGGCCUGCCCUACGACAGCCUCAGGGCCCUGCCGCACGGCGCCGUGGUCGGCACGUCGUCGGUGCGGCGGUCCGCGCAGCUCAGGCGCCUGCACCCGCACCUGCGCUUCGCCAACCUGCGCGGCAACGUCGAGACGCGCCUGGCCAAGGUCGACGACCCGGAGGGCGAGUACGCGUGCAUGAUCAUGUCGGCGGCGGGGCUCGAGCGCGUCGGGCUCGGGCACCGCAUCACGCAGCGCCUGGGGUCCUCGGACGGCGGGAUCCUGCACGCCGUCGGGCAGGGCGCGCUGGGGCUCGAGAUCCGGAGGGGGGACGCGGCGGUGUCGGGGCUGCUGGCCGGGCUGGCUGAUGAGGCGUCUACCCUUGCGUGCCUUGCGGAGCGGGCGCUGAUGCGCACGCUUGAGGGGGGCUGUAGUGUCCCGAUCGGUGUUGAGACGGAAUGGGUGGGCCGGCCGCAGGAUUCUGUCCUGAGAAUGAGGGCGAUCGUCGUGAGCCUUGAUGGUACCCGGAGUGUGGAAGAUGCUAUAGACGCGGCGGUUCGGACGCGGGACGAGGCGGAGGCGUUCGGCAGACGGUUGGCCGCGAAGCUUGUGGAGGCUGGGGCUGAUGGGAUUCUGAAGGAGAUCAACACCAACAGACCAUCUAAGGACUAACAACACUGAUGUGUUGAUGACCAGUAGAGACCUAGAUCUUAACAGCUUAGAAUUAUUUCUCAAACACCGAGGGUCGACAAAUCUCACGCAUUAGACAAGGA